UUCACAGUCGUUGCUAUUAUCGUGCAGUCAUCAGGUUCCACACACAAAAUGCUAAUACGGAUGACCCAGUUUCUCUGCCUUGGCGCACUUUUCUUGCUAAGUCUUUUGCAACUUACGCAGGCAGUGCCCAAUAAUGUUAACAAUAAUAUCAAACCGAAGACUGUGGCCCAGGUGCAGCCAGGUAUCCCGACAGGAAAUAAGCCUUCGAUUGCCACAACCACAGUGAAACCACAGAGAGUAGUACCAGAUUCCAAAUGCCUGCUGCCCAAGGAAGUGGGUCCUUGUCGCAUGAAUCUGGAGCGGUUCUACUACAACAAGGAUAAAAAAGCAUGUGAGACCUUUAAGUACGGUGGAUGUCGAGGCAACGACAAUCGCUGGGGAUUCCGGCAGACUUGCGAGGAGGCUUGUCUCCCAAAAAAAUGAUCAACUGAUAGUGACCGCAAUAUACAAGAUUUUUAUUGAAAUUUAUUGAAUUUAAGCGGGAACUAUUGUGUUUCCUUUGUGUAAUACGUGUUCUAGGAUUCGUUUUUGUAAACGAAUAAAAACUCCCUAAAAUGACAUUAUUAAACAUUUAUAUUGUUAAACGAAUAAAACAAAUAAAGCGCUAUCAAUGAAUUAUAGAAAGAUAAAAAAACUAAUUGUAAGUAAUAAUGGGAUAUACUAGGCAAACAUUUUUUAAAAUACAGCAAAUUUAUCCCGAUUUUUCCAAUGAGCGCCAUAAAAUGUAGACAUCCGAUCAGUGCCGUUUAAAAAUCAUGUAAAAAACCGGUUGUGGCAGUUUUAAGUGUCUAGCUUUUAAACUAAGCUUGCAAACGGUUUAGAAAUAUAUGUCGAUAUUAAGAUGUACUGAUACUGAUCAAGAUCGGAAAUGUUUACCCUCAGCAAGGGCUAAUAAAAGUUAAAUUACACUA